AAAGCUAAAGUUUCGAUAAAAUCUACCCCCAGGCACGGGGUUUAGGGGCCGCGGUCGAGGUCUGCUGCCUGGUACCGCGUGCCCCGUCCGUGGCAGCAAUCCAUCGAUUUUCUUGCAUUAUAUCGAUGUUGUCAGUCUCAAUUUAGCAAACAACAGUGGCUUAUUCGAAGGCCGCGCGCAGCGCAUAUUGAUUUCUCUGAAGAGAAGGCGAAUAGUGAUGAAAAAAUGGCGAACAGAGACAUCAGCUGCCGCGGUGCUGUAGAGGCAUAAGGACUGAAUUCUCACCGCCAUAAUGAGUGGAGGAAGUCGGAUGUCCAUCAGGGGAUCGGCGAGUGUCAACUCCCGCUCGGCUCUCACGGUACCGCCAAAAGACCGUUCCGUGCGCCUGCGUGUGAUGCCGGAACAGAGCAACGACUACCGAGUAGUAGUGUUUGGAGCCGCCGGAGUUGGAAAAAGUUCCCUGGUUUUAAGAUUUGUGAAAGGAACAUUCAAAGAGAGCUACAUUCCCACCAUUGAGGAUACGUACCGACAAGUGAUCAGUUGUAAUAAACAGGUGUGUACAUUACAAAUCACGGACACGACCGGUAGUCACCAAUUUCCCGCCAUGCAGAGACUUUCAAUCUCCAAGGGUCACGCUUUCAUUCUCACGUAUUCCAUCACAAGUCGACAGUCUCUGGAAGAACUCAAACCUAUUUACAAUGAGAUUGUGCUCAUUAAGGGUGAUCUUCGAGACAUUCCCGUCAUGCUCGUGGGAAAUAAAUGUGACGAGGAAUGUCGUGACGUCACACAGAGAGAAGGCGCCGAGUUGGCGAAAAGUUGGAAUUGUGCCUUUCUUGAAACCUCGGCAAAAACAAAUUACAAUGUGAAAGAAUUAUUUCAGGAGUUACUCCAACUGGAGAAAAGAAGAACAAUGAGUCUCCAGCUUGAGACAAAGAAAACUAAAUCCCAGAAAAGAAAGGAGAAAUUAAAGGGAAAGUGUGUUGUGAUGUAGAAUCGACAUGUCGUGCGUUUUUUCUAUGCAGUCCAGCGUGUACAAUUUGUUGGUUUUCAGUUGCAUUUUAAAUCUUACUCCUUAUUGUUUAAAAACUCUCUCAGGAUAUUUAUGCUUACGUCAUUAAUUACGUUCGACGCAUGCGCCGUCCGGUUGUUUGUGUUUCACGUGACGUCGGAGCGUCCAAUCAUGAUCUGUUUUUUGCUGGAGUGUGUGGAACGUUAGUGCUUAUUGGGUGGAUACGAACUUGUACUUGUUUAUGUGUGUCCAAGAAUGACGUAAUUUUCUUUCUAGGGAUGAAUUAGUGUUUGUUAUCACAUGUUAGGCCUGUAAACAUGUUUUAUCUAAAGUUUUUGUUUCAUUUGAACAGAUAUUUUUGUCGUGUUAUAUUAACAACUGAUGCAAAUCAGCAUAUGAAUAGCGAUUUUUAGAUUUUGAAAUAUAAAUUAAUCACUGUU